AACGCUCACGUUCGUUGCAAUUUCGUUCAGAUAACGUCAAAUAAAUCACAAACGAAAACAUAGAAAACCGAAAAAACAGAAAAUUGAGUAAAUAUAAUUAAAGAACGUCACUACAUGGAUAUUUCUUUGAUCAUUAUAUUAAAAGAAAAAUAUUUGUUUCACAUCCCAGAAAAUUCAAAAUCAGAAAUAAAUGAAAACGCAUUUGUUUUAUGUGAAAUGUGAGCAUGAUUAACAAAGCAUUUUCCAAGGUGUGUGAUUAAAAUAAUUCUUGGAAGACCAACAAAUUUCUGUUAAGCUGGUCCAAAAGGCGCUGUCGUAGCUGCAAAUAUAACAGAAUCGAUUUAUUCGAAUAUUUCUUAAGUAAUACCUUUUUAAUACAAAUGAAAUGCAAGAAAAAGUUUCUUGUAAGUAAACAAUAGAGUUACUAUUACAUUAAAAAUAUAUUAAAAGCAUUUUUCGUUCUCAUUGAAAAAGAAUAUUUACAUUACUUGUUGAAAGGGAUUUCAACAUUUAUAAAGAUUGCUGAGAUUAAUUGCAACAAACAGUUCAUAUGAUUUGUCAAUAGUGUUAUAUUUACUACUUACAUUAUCGGAGUCAUAAGGAAUUUAUCAAAUUUUAUCGUGGCAAAUAUUUAUUUGAGACACUGGAUAUAGGGCAUAAGAAUGGCUCCUCUAUCUUGCCCAACUGACUCCAUCGAUUUCUGGAGAAAUGAGAUGCCAGAACGCGCCGAAGUCAGCUGCCUUAUGCCAAAUGGUAUUCUUAUUCUAACAGUAGUACCCAUUAAUUGUACUAUCCGGGAAAUCAAAACGGAAGUUAUUAGAGAGGCAAAAAACUUCCCGCUAUGUCAUUUAAUAAAAGAUCCUUGUGACUAUGAAGUCAGUGGUAUUUCAAAUUUUGCUAAUGUAGACUGUUUUACUGACGAAACCAAACGUCUAUCGGAAAUACAACCAUUUUUUUGUUUACUUCGUUUGGGAGAACGCACAGAACCCUCAACUAUAUCAAGUGAUUAUGAGCUAUCCAAGCUGGUUAGUAAUAUGAUUGGAAAAUCAUUUGAAGAAUAUAGCGCGCAACGGACACCGGAAGUAGAUGACUUUCGGCGCAAACUGACGCAUCUCUGUGAUAAAAUGGAACAAGUGCGGUCUCGCUUCACUUGGUCAGAGAAGUUGCUCUAUGAACAUCCCAUGCGUGUUGCAAAUACCCCCGCUAUGCCCGAACUAAUACGUAAACGACUGGGUGGUACAAGUUUUCUUAUUGUUGUUAAAUUAGAGAAUGACGAAGGCUCCUAUACAAUUCCUGUUAGUGAACACGAUACUUCAAGUACAGUGAUUGAAUCUGCACUAAUGAAGAUGCAGCGCUCUCAAAUAAGAGUAGGAGAUCGACCAUCAGACUAUAUACUAAAAGUACGUGGUCGCGACGAAUUUAUUUUCGGUGAAUACCCGAUUAUUCAGUUCAUAUAUAUACAGGAAAGUCUUUCCGGUUCCGAUGUUCCCAAUGUUGUUUUAAAACCUAUACACACACUACAAUCGUAUAUAAACUACAGGAAUGAUUUAAACUUUUCUCACAAGCGAACACGAAGGCCGGAAUAUAAUCCUCCAUCUUUGCUAAACGAUCCGUGCCAAGACCGAAAGGCCAUUUCAUCGUGGGACAUAUUAAGUCCUUUCAAAUUACGAAUUCAUCAAAUCGAGAAUGUAAAUUGUGAUCUCUCUCGCGCUAUCAAAGUGGGUGUACAUAUUGGUCUUUUCCAUGGAGAGCGUCGUCUUUGUGCAACACAGUCCAUUGAAAUAGCAAUUAGUAACAAUCGUUCAUUUACAUUCGAGAAAGACAUUUCUUUCGAUAUACAAGUACAAAAUUUGCCUCGAAUGGCGCGUUUAUGCAUGGUUGUCUACGAAGUAACGAAAGCAUCGAGAUCCAAAAAAUCUUCAAACUCAAAUCGCGAUAAUAUUUACAAAGAAGCCAAUACAUAUGUAAAUAACAACCCCUUGGCUUGGGUUAAUACGACCAUAUUUGACUACAAACAUCAAAUGCUAUCUGGCUGUAUAUCCCUCUACACAUGGACUUACGCAGAUGAUAUUCAGUCGGAGGAAAUUUUCCACCCCCUAGGUACGAUUGAACCAAAUCCUCGUAAAGAUGGAUGUGCUAUAGUUAAAUUAGCAUUUCAGUGUUCCAGUUAUGAAAAUAUACAGUUUCCAUCGAUGUUAGCGGUACUCAAGUAUGCAGAAGAGUUACAUCAUGGGGAAGUACUUAGUAGCGAUAAAUUACAUGAAAACUCCAAACCGAUCAGCGCUAUGCUCUCACAGUAUCUUCGCAUAGAUAAAGUAUAUGAAAUGCAUGAUCAAGAUCGCAAUGCACUAUGGUCGAGAAGAUAUGAAAUUUUGGCCGAAGCUCCUGAGGAGUUAUCUACUUUGUUGCACUGUGUUAAUUGGAACGAACGUGACGAAGUAGCAGAGACGUGGAAUUUAUUGCAACAAUGGCCUGCAAUAUCUGUAGAGAGAUCACUGGAAUUACUUGACUAUGCGUAUCCGGAUCCAGCGGUUCGAAGUUUCGCCAUACGCUGCCUCCGUUUUUUGAGAGAUGAGGAACUAUUGCUAUAUCUCUUACAACUGGUGCAAGCCAUGAAACAUGAGUCUUAUCUAGACUGCGAUUUAGUAACGUUUCUGCUCGAGCGGGCGUUGCGCAAUCAACGAAUUGGUCACUAUUUCUUUUGGCAUUUGCGAUCUGAAAUGCAAACUCUUUCCAUGCAGACUCGCUUUGGUCUAUUACUUGAAGGGUACCUCAAAGGUUGCAAACCACACGUGCCUCACCUUUGCAAACAACUAAAAGUUUUAGACGCCCUCAAAGCUGGUUCUCUGAUUGCAAAAAAAGGAAGCAAAGAAAAAGGUCGAAAGGAGAUGCAAGACUUUCUUUCCAGUCCAAGCAAUAGUAGUAUAUUCCAGAGCAUACAAAACCCAUUGAAUCCCAGUUUUCGAUGCAAAGGUAUACAGCCAGAAAAAUGCAAAGUAAUGGACUCGAAAAUGAGACCACUCUGGAUUGUGCUAAAAAACGCGGAUCAAAGUUGUAAUGAUAUUUAUAUAAUAUUUAAAAAUGGCGACGAUUUACGGCAGGAUAUGUUAACAUUGCAAAUGUUGCGUGUCAUGGACCAAUUGUGGAAAAAUGAAGGUAUGGAUUUUCGCAUGAAUAUUUACAACUGCAUUAGUAUGGAACGUCGUUUAGGAAUGAUUGAAGUGGUGCUAAAUGCUGAAACAAUCGCCAAUAUUCAAAAAGAGAAGGGUAUGUUCUCAGCAACAUCACCAUUUAAGAAAGGCUCCCUAUUUAGUUGGUUGAAGGAAUAUAAUCGUACUGAAGAAGAAAUGAAUAAAGCAAUAAACGAAUUUACAUUGAGUUGCGCUGGAUAUUGUGUAGCCACAUAUGUUCUAGGUGUAGCCGAUCGACAUUCAGAUAACAUAAUGGUUAAACGUAACGGGCAGCUUUUUCAUAUUGACUUCGGUCACAUACUAGGCCACUUUAAAGAGAAAUUUGGUGUGCGUCGUGAGAGAGUUCCUUUUGUAUUAACGCAUGAUUUUGUAUAUGUCAUAAGUAAAGGACGUAACGACCGAGAUUCGGAAGAAUUUCUUUAUUUUCAAAAUAUGUGCGAAAAGGCAUUUUUGGUGUUACGAAAACAUGGCUGUCUUAUAUUAUCUCUAUUUUCAAUGAUGAUUUCAACCGGACUACCAGAACUAUCCUCUGAAAAAGAUCUUAAUUACUUAAAGGAAACUCUAGUUCUUGACUAUACCGAGGAGAAAGCCCGCGAACACUUCCGUUCAAAGUUUAGCGAAGCUUUAGUCAACUCUUGGAAAACUUCUUUAAAUUGGGCUUCGCAUAAUUUUUCAAAAAAUAAUAAGCAGUAGACAAAUGCAUUUAAAGUAUUAACGCAUAAAUCAGCAUUUUGAAUUUGAGUUAAAACAAAUUCUAAUGGUAGUAAUAGCUCUGUAAUUGUAAGUUGGCAUUAAAUACAAUGAAUGAUAAUAUACAUUAAUACGUAUAUUUUGUUCAGCGCUGUAAUAUGCUGCCACUCACAACAUUGAUUACGUUAAGCCUUCAUGAGUAAUGUUUCAAACACUUGGAAACUCAUUAAUACUUUUAAAUUUUUCCAAAUACAUAAAUUAAUUAGUACCAAAAA